UCGUUUUUUAACUAUCGCAGGAGAAACCGCUGCCUGAUUCUGAAUCUAGCGAAAGAAGCAAGUUUCUUUUUAUUUAAAAUUUUUGUUUUACUUUCAAUCAUGUUAAAUAGGACAAGAACUUAGUGUGUUGUUGUAUUGAGUGCAAUCAAGUUCUGAAAGGACCGCGUUGCAAUAUAAAUUUGCAAUAAUACUAUUGCUCCACCAAAUCAACAAAGUCAUAAAGCGCAUGGGCACGGAUGGCGGGGGGCGGCUGGCGGCGGUCCGCGGGGCGGGUGCGCACCCUGCGCGUCCUGCUGCGUGACACCACACGCGCUCUGCAGGAUGUACAGGAUAUACUGCCUUGCGAUGCCGAGGUGUCGGAAACGGUGGAAAAACUUGGGGUGCAGUCGUCUCGGCCCACCGCUCUCGUGAUCCUGGGCACCAGCCAGCGCGCGAAAGCACGUCUUCUGCACUGCAUCCUGGGAAGGAGACUGCUCCCGGAUAACCUGCCCAGGGGGUGUCGAUGGUUACGCAUUCAAUACGGAGCAAGCACGCAGGUGCAUCUGACCCUCGGCACGUCAGAAUUCGAGCUGGUGGAGGACCUGGAAUGCAACCGGGAGCCCUGGGAUAUUUUGCCUCUGCAGGAUCUCCUUCGAAAGGACAAUACGGACCUAACAACAGUAUUAGAAGUCGAGCUCAACAACUCCUUCCUAAAAGACGGUCUUCGCAUCGUGAUACCACCGGACAUCGAUGCGGACCCUGGUCUGCUCACCUACCAGACUUUAAAGGAGGAUUAUUCAGAUUUCUACCAGAAGAGGGAAGCAAUCUUAAGGAAUUAUGCUCCCAUAUACCUGUACGCGAUGGACAGAUAUGGGAGUAAUAUAUUCAACGAGACGGUCAACAAAAUGGAAGUUUCUAGAAACGAUGAAGACUUCUGGACGGGUUUCAGCUUGUACAGUUUUGAGAGGGUCGAGAGGAAAGCUGAGAGUACUGAAAGUGUUUGGAAGGACGCCGAAUCGUCUGUUUUUAAUGCUGAGAAUCUUCUAGACUUCCACCAAAUAAAAGAGAUCAAUCCAAACUCGCAGUUUCUUUUCAUUCUCUUCUCGGACUCCGCCCGAGAGAGCAGAGUGGAGUUGAGAGAAGCUAGCGAAUGUACGGAGUCCUGCCGAGACAGGAGUGAGGAGCUGCCGGAGUCAGAUAGAGAUCUGUUAAGAGAUGGAGUUAUCAGGCACACACAAGAACCGUCGGGGCAGGCGGAUGUGCGUGCGCAGGAAGAGAAAAUCGCGUUUAUGAACGAACUGCUCGAUCAGUGGGAGUGCAUAUCGAACCCGCCACCGAAGCACCACGUGAAGUCCACAUGGGUGAUACUGGACGACACGGACAUACUGAAGAACAUGGACAAGUCGAGCGCAGACACCGAGAGGCGGAGGAGGGAGCCGGCCGGCAGGACGCUCCGGAGCCGCACCGGCCUGCUCAGCGCUGUGCUGAAGUUCGCCACCGACUGCGCGCAGAGCGCGCUGCUGGCGCAGUGCUCGCUGCUCAGCGAGAUCCACGUAAAGCUGGUGCAGCGUUUGAUCCUCGCGUCGUUUGAUCUCGCGAGAGAAUUGCAAGUGAUCCCCAAGAAGAUACAGUAUGUCGCUAGACAGGAACAACACCUGUAUGAGACGAUAACCGAGAAAUUCACGGAGGGAGAUAAGAAACAGGAAUUGAUACAGUUACUACAAGAAGUGCUCGAUGAAAUGAAAAACGACAUUCAAAACAUGGACUGGAGUGUGGACGAUCUCCCCUGCCACCAAGACACGCAAUUCCUCAUAUCGAACUCCACCUUCUACUCCCCCCGCGGCUCGCCAGUCUCCAUACCACUUAACCGUUUAAAAACCAAAGAAUCCAGUAAUAAAUCCGGUCAGAGCGACACUAAGUCGAGCGAGCGCUCUGACAUAAUGGAUUCCAGCCAGCAGAGUCCCGAUGAUGAAAGGGACUUGUCAGAUGUCGAGGAGGCGCUGUCGUACGACAGUUUUAACUUCGACGACUACGAUAUCGUGCCGUCCAAUGACGAGAGCUUCGCGGCCAGCCACAGUUAUGGGAUGCAGAGCGUGGAGGGCAACUCGUUCGGGCUGCGGUGCCAGUCCUCGGGCGCGUGGAGCCUGUCCGGGUGCUCCGCCCCCCUCUCCACUAAGAACGCCUCGCUUGACGUACAGAGGACGGUUUUAUCGAAGCUUAGUCACAAGAUAAGUUUGAAGCUAGUCAAUUUCGUCGAUUGUCUGAAGGACGCCUACUUCGGGACGUUGGAAAGAUGCCUGCAGUCGCUGGAGGCGGCGUGCGCGGCGGAGAGUGGGGCGGGCGGGGCGAGCGCGGCGGCCGCGGCGGCGCGCGCGCUGGCGGGCGCGGCGCGCGCGGUCGACCUGCAGCCCGCCGCCUCCUACUCGCUGCUGCGCGCGCUGCUCGACUCGCUGCGCGCGCUGCUGCGCCGCCUGCGCGCGCCGCCCGGCGCCGGCGCCGCCGCGUGCUGCGCGCUCAGCGCCGCCUGGCGCCGCCGCGCCGCGCUCGCCGCGCUCGCCUCGCUCUCCGCGCCGCGCCUCGCGCGCCUGCUCUCCGCGCAGAUCCUAGAACGUCUAAGCGUAGCGCACGAGCGCUACCAGUCCGCGCUGUGUUCGCUCGAAAGCUCACUGUCCAGCCGCUUGCAUCACACGGAAGACGUUAAGUUGGCUAUAAGAAAAAAAUAUGCGCCGUCGUUCGCCCGCCUGUGCUUGGAGAGCACCUCGAUGUGCGACCUCCUCAUGUACGGGACCCCGGAUUUGGGGCGAGAGAUCGGUCGCGGUCAGUACGGCGUGGUGUACGCGGUGCGCGGCUCGUGGGCGGGGCACAGCCCCGUCGCGGCCAAGUCCGUGCUGCCCGCCGACACGAGGCACUACCACGAGCUGGCUAUGGAGUUCUUUUAUACCAGGAGCAUCCCCCCCCACCCGCGCAUAGUGCGGCUGCUGGGCUCGCUGGUGCAGCGCGGCGGGGCGGGGGGUGCGGGGGAGGGCCCCAGCGUGGUGCUGGUGUCGGAGCGGUGGGCGCGCGACCUGCACGCGGCCGUGCGCGCCGGCCUCUCCUUCGCGCAGCGCAUGCGCAUCGCCUGCGACGUCGUCGACGGGCUGCGCUACCUGCACUCGCUGGGGCUGGUGCACCGCGACGUGAAGCUGAAGAACGUGGUGGUGGACGGCGGCGGGCGCGCGGCGCUGGCCGACCUGGGCUUCUGCGCGGCCGGCGCGCUCGUGUGCGGCUCGCUCGUGGGCACGCCGCUGCACAUGGCGCCCGAGCUGCUCGCCGCCCGCUACCACGCGCCCGUCGACGUCUACGCGCUCGGCGUGCUGCUGUGGUACCUGUGCGCCGGUACCAUCAAGCUACCCGCAGCUUUCGAGUCAUUUCAGAACAAGGAACAAUUGUGGAGUAAAGUGAAAAAAGGCCUCCGCCCCGAGCGUUUGCCCCAGUUCUCGGACGAGUGCUGGGACAUAAUGCAGUCCUGCUGGGCGACGGACCCCGCGAAGCGAGCCUUGCUCGGCGACGUGCAGCCGAGGCUGGAAAAGGUCCUGAGGGAGGCGGAGAGGGAGGGGAAUCAGAACCUCACCUACAAUACUGAGGGAGAUGAGGAUAGUCUCAACAUGACGGGCUUGGAUGAUUGAUAAGAGAGCUAAACAAAUGCAGAAAGAGAUAUUAAAAUGUUAAAGAAGGAAGGAGAUAGUCAUUUUUUUAAAUUUGUGAUCUGAAAAAAAAAUAGACAAUGCCGAACAGCUAAAAAUAUAAAAGAAAUCUCCAUUUCUUUAUAUUUGUAUAGGUCAGAAAUUUUGGAGGUCACAUAUACAUUAAAAUUAGUGAAUUUAGAGAACCUAUAUAGAAUAUAUUCAGAUGAGUUAAUAAAGUUUUAUAAGCUGGCAAAGUUAUAGGCAUUGAAAUAGUAUGAAGAACUAUCUAUAUUAGUCAUGCAAUCGCCUGUUAAAAGGUUAUUAAAAAUCAUUGAAAUUAACACCUUAUGUCUUUGCAGUAACGUUUAAAGUCUAUUGUAUCGUUCAUUAGAAAUCUGUUUAAUGCAUAAACGCGUGUGCAUAGGCGAGGUUUGAUUCAGAAUGUUUUUGUAUUAUUGAAUCUAGAUAUUCUAUCCUAGAUCUGUGAUAAGAGGACAAUUCGAAGACUAGAAAGAUUCAUAUCGCGUUUGAAGUGAAGAGAAAUGAAAGAAUAUUAAAUAUUUAAUGUACUUUUUGAAUAUAUUUGCUUUUUCAAACUUUUGAUUUAAGAAUGAAUUCGAUAUAUGUAUUAAUAGUAAUUCAUGGAAUUAUAUAUCGGCAAUUGGUGCUAAAUAGUAUAUUUAAAAACUGUGUUUAAACACUGUAUUUGUUUGUUUGUUUAUACCGUACCUAAAUUUGAUACGAUCGUAUGCCCAAAAAACAUUUAUAUGUAUUUUCAUCCGACAUCAAGAAAAAGAGUUGGACAUUUUUUGGGUUUAACUGAAAACAUUUGAGAUUGAUAGAAUUAGAAUUUAGAUGUUUCUUUGUUAUUUUGUCUCCCAUGUGGUCCCAUUUGAAUUUGGUCUAGUACUGACAAUUUGAAAGCAGUUUAGUUUUUUUGUUAAAAAUUAUUAUUUUACUGUGGCUUUCCUAUCUAUGAUUAUUGUUGUGUUAAUUUUUUAUUUUAUUCCUUCCAUAAACUCAAUUUCAAAUAGGAAAGCUUGAUGAAAGCUAUUUAAUUAAGCUUAAUGUAUGUUAAUUAUCAUAAUAUUAUAUUUGUAAUACAUUUACAAUUUGCUAUCAAUUCGCCAAUGCUUCUCUUGUAUUAGACUCAAUAAUUCCUUUUAUAUUAACUGAGUAAAUAUAAUUGUAUCUAAACUAUUUUUUGAAUAAGAAAUCAAUGUUAUUGAGCAAGCCGUAGAAGAGAGUUUUGUGAUGAUACGAGGCUGAAGAGUUUGUUUGAACCCCCCAA